AUGGACACCACGUCAAGCCAGCCACCCAUCUCCUCGUACGACCCAGCCCGCCCCCUCGCCGGCAAGGUGGCGCUCAUCACCGGCGCGGGAAGAGGAAUCGGCAAAGGCAUCGCCCUCGAGCUAGGCAAGCGCGGCGCCAACAUCGUCGUCAACUACAGCAGCAGCGCCCAGGCCGCCGAGGGUGUCGUCUCGGACCUCGCCAAGCUAGGCGCCAAGGCCGUCGCCAUCCAGGCCGACAUCAGCAACCCGGACUCCGUCGCACAGCUCUUCGAACGGGCCCUCGCGCACUUUGGCCACCUCGACUUCGUCGUCUCCAACGCCGGCAUGGAGGUCUGGUGCCCCGAGGUCGACGUGACCCCGGAGCUGUUCGACCAGGUCUUCAACCUCAACUGCCGCGGCCAGUUCUUUGUCGCCCAGAACGCCCUCCGGCACUGCCGCCGCGGCGGGCGUCUGGUGCUGACCUCGUCCGUCGCUGCCAGCCUCGGCGGGAUCCCCAACCACGCCCUGUACGCGGGGUCCAAGGCCGCCGUCGAGGGGUUCACGCGGUCCUUUGCCGUCGACUGCGGGGAGAAGGGCAUGACGGUCAAUGCCAUUGCUCCUGGCGGGGUGCAGACGGAUAUGUUUGAUGCGAAUGCUUGGCACUACGUCCCUGGCGGGUACGAGGGCAUGCCUAUCGAGACGAUCCAGAAGGGGCUGGCCGCCAUGUGCCCGCUCAAGCGCGUCGGCACGCCGGCGGAUAUCGGCAAGGCAGUGUUUAUGCUCUGCAGCGAUGAGGGCGAGUGGAUUAAUGGCCAGGUGAUCAAGUUGACCGGCGGUAACGCCGUGUAG